AUGGCGUCGAAAGCUUUCUUGAUUGCAGUAGCUAUGGCUGCUACAAUUGUCGCUCCAACAAUGGCAAAGGAAAUAUUGGUUGGAGGUGAAGAUGGUUGGAGAUUGGGCAUUAAUUAUCAGGCCUGGGCUGAUGGAAUUGAAUUUGACGUUGGAGAUACCUUGGUGUUUAACUACGUGGCUGGAAACCACAAUGUCAUCAAAGUAAAUGGGACCGACUUCCAACGUUGCGCGGCGCCGCUCGGCGCUGCACCUUUAAUCUCCGGUCAUGAUGUGAUCCUCCUCGCCACUCCCGGAAGGAAAUGGUACAUUUGUGGCGUUGCCAAUCAUUGCCAGGCUGGACCAAUGAAGUUUGCCAUUACUGUCCAGGUCCAGGGAGGUAGAUCUCCUCCAUCUGCAUCUGCUCCAGAAUCUCCUUCACCUGCAUCUGCUCCAAGUCCUGCCUCCCCGUGUUCUUGA